CGGCCUCUCCCUUCCCAACUGACACAGAGCAGAUCGAGCGCCACCGUUGCAACAGGAAUGGAUCAUUUCGUUACCGACGAUGAGCACCAACGCGGCCAUGGCGACAGUGACGGCGACGCGGCGGAGUGGAAGAAGGUGGCGGAGCUGAGGGCCGUGGUCGAGGCCCAGGACCCCGCAGCCAAGGAGGAGGACGACUUUGCACUGCGGCGGUUCCUGCGUGCCCGGGACCACAACAUCGGCAAGGCGUCGACGAUGCUCCUCCAGUACCUCGCCUGGAAGCGUGUUGCCAAGCCUCGCGGCUCCAUCUCGGACGACGAGGUGCGUGGCGAGAUCGCAAAGGACAGGGUCCGCAUGCAGGGCUUCGACCGCCUCAACCGCCCCAUGGCAUAUCUCUAUGGCGCGCGCCAUUUCCCUGCCCAUCGUGACCUUGGCGAGUUCAAGCGCUACGUCGCCUAUGUCCUCGACAAAAUCUGCACUAGGUUGCCAGUGAGGCAGGAGAAGUUUGCGGUUUUGAUAGACAUGAAGGGGUGGGGGUAUGCGAAUUGUGACAUCCGGGGUUACGUGGCGGCAUUGGAAAUCAUGCAGGGCUAUUACCCGGAGCGCCUUGGCCGGGUGUUCCUGAUCCACGUGCCCUACAUGUUCAUGACGGCAUGGAAGAUGGUGUAUCCAUUCAUUGACGACCGGACCCGGAAGAAGUUUGUGUUUGUCGCCGAUAAGGACCUCAAAUCCACGCUCCAGGGCGCCAUUGAUGAGUCCCAGCUCCCCGAGGAGUACGGUGGCAAGUUGAAGCUUUAGGGCUACAACAAUUCACUGUAGUCCAAAUCCAUCCGAUGAUUGGACAAUGGUGAUCACUACCUGACAUACUCAAUUAAGGGUGCAUCAAAACUUCCACCACAGUCAACCUAAUAGAAGUGACAAUCCUUUUAAAGCGGGGGAUCGACUCCCCACGCUUACUAGACAUAAGGGACAUGUAGAGCUAUGCCAAAAAGGCUCACUGGUUUAAAGAUAAAGCAACGACCAUGAUACAAACGAAA